GGCGAGCGCACAGCAGCCCAUUUCAACCAUUUCAACACAGAACAAACUCGCAGCUAACGAACAAUAAGGCAAACUCAAGUUGGGCAAAGAUUUAGUUCGAAACGGAAACAAAGCUCGACAAGUGCAAAUAAUUAAAGGCAGUUAACUAAAGUGCACGCACUUAUUUUUCGCUUUCAUCACAUUGCAAUAUCUUGACCAAACUAAAAAAAUGAGCCAAUUACCGACUAAUAGCACUAACCUAUCAAAACAAACUAAUGGUAAUGGUAAAGCUAACAUUUUGGAAGAUAAGCUGGAUCCCAAGGUUUCGAUCGACAUGGAGGCCCCCGAGUUUAAAGAUUUUGCCAAAACAAUGGUGGAUUUCAUAGCCGAAUAUUUGGAGAACAUACGCGAAAGGCGCGUUCUGCCGGAAGUGAAGCCCGGAUACCUGAAGCCCCUGAUUCCGGAUGCGGCGCCCGAGAAGCCGGAGAAGUGGCAGGAUGUGAUGGAGGACAUUGAACGGGUCAUCAUGCCGGGAGUGACCCACUGGCACAGUCCCAAGUUCCAUGCCUACUUCCCCACGGCCAACUCGUAUCCGGCGAUUGUGGCCGAUAUGCUGAGUGGUGCGAUUGCCUGCAUAGGAUUCACCUGGAUUGCCAGUCCCGCGUGCACGGAACUGGAAGUGGUCAUGAUGGACUGGCUGGGCAAGAUGCUGGACCUGCCCGCCGAAUUCCUGGCCUGUUCGGGCGGCAAGGGAGGCGGUGUCAUCCAGGGAACGGCCAGUGAGUCCACACUGGUCGCUCUGCUGGGUGCCAAGGCCAAGAAGGUUAAGGAGGUGAAGGAGCAGCAUCCGGAGUGGGAUGAGCACACCAUUCUGGGCAAACUGGUGGGCUACUGCUCCGAUCAGGCUCACUCCUCGGUGGAGCGAGCUGGUCUGCUGGGAGGAGUAAGACUCCGUUCGGUGCCCUCGGAAAAUCACCGAAUGCGUGGUGAUGCUCUGGAAAAGGCCAUCGAAGAGGAUGUGGCCAAGGGUUUGAUUCCCUUCUAUGCCGUCGUCACGUUGGGAACCACCAACUCCUGUGCCUUCGACUACCUGGAUGAGUGCGGACCCGUGGGCAAUAAGCACAAUGUGUGGAUCCACGUGGAUGCCGCCUAUGCAGGAUCAGCGUUUAUAUGUCCCGAGUACCGUCACCUCAUGAAGGGCAUCGAAUCCGCCGACUCCUUCAACUUCAACCCACACAAAUGGAUGCUGGUGAACUUCGAUUGCUCGGCCAUGUGGCUCAAAGAUCCCAGUUGGGUGGUCAACGCUUUUAAUGUGGAUCCUCUGUACCUAAAGCACGAUAUGCAGGGCUCCGCUCCGGAUUAUCGCCACUGGCAAAUUCCACUGGGACGUCGUUUCCGCGCCUUGAAACUCUGGUUUGUCCUGCGGCUCUAUGGAGUGGAGAAUCUGCAGGCUCACAUCCGUAGGCAUUGCAAUUUUGCCAAGCAAUUCGGUGAUCUCUGCGUGGCGGAUUCGCGCUUUGAACUGGCCGCCGAGGUCAAUAUGGGACUGGUCUGCUUCCGGCUGAAGGGCAACAACGAGCAGAACGAAGCUCUGCUCAAGAGGAUCAAUGGACGCGGCAACAUCCACAUGGUUCCGGCCAAGAUCAAGGAUGUGUACUUCCUGCGAAUGGCUAUCUGUUCUCGCUUUACACAGUCCGAGGAUAUGGAGUACUCUUGGAAGGAGGUCAGUGCCGCCGCCGAUGAAAUGCAAAAGGAGCAGUAAAGUUGUACAGGGCUGUUCCGGUUUUUAUCUAUAAAAUAAAAUA